AUGCGCAUCGCAUUCCCACUACGCAUUGCGGCUCUGCUCGCCCUGCCUUUUGUUUCCGCUCAAGACAGUGCCAGCGCCUCAAUCAUAGCCCGCAAUACGAACACCAGCUGCCCCGAUAUAUCCCCCGGGCCAGUUAGUUUCAGCGAUGUAGCAGGCCUAUUCCCCCUCCAAGCCCACCCAGACCCAGUCGCAACAGAAUCUAUCCGCCAGACGCUAUCCCUCUAUGCCCUCGCCAUCGACGGCCGCAACUACGACAUCCUCCGAAAAGUCUUCACCACCGAUGCCCGCGCUAACUACUCGGAUCCCAUCGGCGUAUUAAACGGUGUCCAAGCCAUCAUCGACAACCUAGCACCCGGUCUAAGCACUUUCGUAUCUACCCAGCAUCAUCUUGGCACGCAGAUGAUUCAUAUUUGCGGUCCUAAAAGCGCUGUGUCUGUUACGUACUUUCAGGCUACGCAUUGGUUUACGCCGUAUACUGGCGUUCAGAACCCUGUGGAUAACAGUAAGGUUCUGAUUGAUAAGGCUCAGUAUCAGGAUACGUGGGCGAAGCAGAGGGAUGGUAGCUGGAAGAUCAUCAAUCGCAAUUUGGUGCGAAUGGGUCCUGCUACGUUAGACGGCGGCUUUCCGACUUCGUGA